CUCCUCAGAGGAGCCUCCACUGGUAUGUUUAGUGUUAGAGAAAAUGUGGAUAUUAUUUAAGUCUCUUUAGGUCAAAAUGUUUCACAGAGCUCUAGCUUGGCUUCCUGAACUCGUUAGGAACUCGCCUCCCACCUCAGUCUAUGACAAACAGAAAGUGUUUUUUUGUUUAAAAUCUAUGAAUUAUUUUAGAUGAAUGGCUAUAAAUCUCUGAAUGUGCUACAAUGUAACGAUGGUAUUCUUUGUCAGUGGCUGAGCUGUAGGAGCCAAGAGUUGAUGGACAGUCGGAAGAGCGAAUGAAAUGGUAGGUGGGACAUCCCAGCUUCAAGUGGUUUCAGAUUUCACAUACUACUUCACACAGGUACAGAAACAAAUGACUGUCUGUGGGAACCAGGGCUUUUGCUCAAUGCAAGCCAUUUCGAUCUACAUGUCAAUUGUUAAGCAAAAAUGAUGGUCGGAACCGGUACCAGAAAGGACACCUUAUAUUUAAGAGGUUUUAAUUAAAGGAAUCCUGUGGCUACAUACAUAUUGGCCAGCAAAUCUCAGCUGCAUCUCCAGCUCCUCAUAGCUGUGUGCAUGUCUGAUGGAUAUAUCCAUAUCAUUUGGAAGAAGUACCCCAUCUUCCUAUUUCCUCUUCUUUGUUGUUUCAAUAGUCAUUGCUAUUGUUAUUAGUGACGUUAUGAAUGUUUUCCCCGAGACACAAUAAAACAAACUGAAAUGUCCACUAACACCCAUGACCAAGAUAAUCGAUUUCUCUUUCCUCCAGCUGAGCUCUGACAUCCCCACACAAACAAGAGGAGCGAAAGAGCAGGCCAGGCUCAGUGCCCAUCAUCACUCAUCCUGAACACCAGGCAAUAAUCCUCCAUGCAUUUCCAAUCUAAGACAGAAUGAAACAAGGUGACAAAAUGGACUCCACAGUCCGUCACAGCCCAGCAGCACUGUGCAGGGUGGGGUGGGGGGUGAGAGGACACUCAAUGACACCAUAACCAUAUUCAGCAUCACUGCUAUUUGGAAGGAGAGAGACGACCAUUGUUUAUGGACUGCUAUAGCUGAGUGAAUAAUUGGUGUAGCUUUAUGUACACCAUGAUCAUAUGUUAAAUAUCAUAUUUUAAGGCUAUGGAUAAUAACAGGCAUCACCCAUUCAAUAAGGGCCUCAUAGAUCAAGUAGCUGACUGGGUUGGUUGAAGAGAUUGGUGUCACAUGGUAGCUACUUCUCAUUUUUACAGGGUAAAUGUGACUGUAAUUUGUAGUAUCAUUUUGUAUUUUUAGUGGUGAAUUUAAUGAAAUUGUAGGUUUAAGACCAAUGAAGCUCUACUGUGGCUGGCUGGUUGCAGUUCUUCAGCCCACACUGUAACAUCACAUUACUGUGCUGAAGACUACACACAGUGUUGGGCAUGAAUAUUUGAAGAGGCCGGUGCAAAGCUUGGAGAACUUUAAACUCGACUCACUGGUCCCCAUGUUUGACAAGGCAACAACAAGUUGGCUGAUGCAGAAACAGACUGGCGCCUAGGCUGCAUGUUACCUGAAUGUUGACAGCAAACAAAUGAACAAUAGUGUUUACCAAAAUGGCUUUGAUGUACAACACACCCGCUUAUUAAAAUGGCAUCUCAUUAGCCGCAUUGAGCAGCCGUUUUACAUAAGAUUAAUUGGCUUUUUUUAAAGCACUUUUUCUUCAUUAUCCUUCUGUGUUGCAAAUGGAUUGACUCGAACAGCGAUGUAUAUUCAUAUUAAUUUUACAGGAAGUUUGGAAAUUGUUAGGAAAUGAGCCAAAGGUGGACCUCGGCUGGUGUGCUGGCAGUUAGUUGUCUGUAAAGACUAUAUUCACCUCUUCAAUAAUAUGUUUUUCUUUAUGAGAAGAGUACGAUCAAUUUGUUCCUGUCAGCAUACAUUCAUAUCAGAGGCUGUUUAUACUGUACAUUACAGAAAAUGUUCAUUUGUAAAUCAGACAACCCUGCAAUAGCACAGCUCAUAUUUCUACCAAUAUACUGCAGGUCUGUCAGCAACACUUCCAGGUACACCAAACUCUCUCCCACUUCUGUCCUAUAUUGGGGAACAAUAUGCUCCUAUUGAAUAAGGCUUUUGAUCCAAGCAGCUUCCAGAGUGAAAGCUCUCUGAGUAUUUACCUUUAAGAUCAGAAGGAAACAUGAAAGGCUUUGUGGUUCCAUCAGUGGCGAGCGUAACGAGGACGGGAGGAAUGAUUCAUGUGUAAACGAGCCUCUCCCAGGCCCUUCUCUGAAGUUUGCACUUUGACCCAGAUUAGCUCUCUGCCAGAGGUCCACUGGGAAUGGCUGGAGAUGGAGGGCCGUACAACACACUGUACAAGUGUGUGUAUGUCUCAGCGCACACACAUGCACACCACACAUACAUACAUACACACACUCGCACACACACACAGUACAUUACAUGUAUACAUAUGCAUAUCACCGAUCCUCUGCCAAGUUUCACAGAGCGUGCGAGACCUGGAGAGGCCUACAAGCCACAGUGUCUCGUAACCACUGUGACAUUUGGUGGAGGAUCGGUGAUGAUCUGGGGGUGCUUCAGCAAGGCUGGAAUCGGGCAGAUUUGUCUUUGUGAAGGACGCAUGAAUCAAGCCACGUACAAGGUUGUCCUGGAAGAAAACUUGCUUCCUUCUGCUCUGACAAUGUUCCCCAACUCUGAGGAUUGGUUUCUCCAGCAGGACAAUGCUCCAUGCCAAAUAACCAGGUCAAUCAAGGUGUGAAUGGAGGACCACCAGAUCAAGACCCUGUCAUGGCCAGCCCAAUCUCCAGACCUGAACCCCAUUGAAAACCUCUGGAAUGUGAUCAAGAGGAAGAUGGAUGGUCACAAGCCAUCAGACAAAGCCCAGCUGCUUGAAUGUUUGAGCCAGCAGUGGCAUAAAGUCACCCAACAUCAAUGUGAAAGACUGGUGGAGGGCAUACCAAGACGCAUGAAAGCUGUGAUUGAAAAUCAGGGUUAUUCCACCAAAUGUUGAUUUCUAAACUCUUCUUAAGUUAAAACAUGAGUAUUUUGUUGUUUAAAAAUAAAUAUGAACUUAUUUUAUUUGCAUUAUUCUAGUUCUGACAUCACUGCAUAUUUGUUUUAUUAUUUUGACCAGUUGUCAUUUUCUGCAAAUAAAUGCUCUAAAUGACAAUAUUUUUAUUUGGAAUUUGGAAGAAAUGUUGUCAGUAGUUUAUAGAAUAAAACAAUGGCAGCAGCAUACAACCCUGCAUACCACUGCUGGCUUGCUUCUGAAGCUAAGCAGAGUUGGUCCUGGUCAGUUCCUGUAUGGGAAACCAGAUGCUGCUGGAAGUGGUGUUGGAGGGCCUGAGGUCAUUAUAGAUCCUAUGGCACUUAUCGUAAGAGUAGGGGUGUUAACCCUGGUGUCCUGAAUAAAUUCCCAAUCUGGUCCUCAAACCAUCACGGUCACCUAAUAAUCCCUAGUUUACAAUUGGCUCAUUCAUCCCCCUCCUCUCUCCUGUAACUAUUCCCCAGGUUGUUGCUGUAAAUGAAAACGUGUUCUCAGUCAACUUACCUGGUAAAAUAACGAAUAAAUAAAUCUGUUCAUUUUACCCAAACACAUACCUAUAAACAGUAAAACCAGAGAAACUGAUCAUUUUGCAGUGGUCUCUUAAUUUUUUCCAGAGCUGUACAUACCUUACAUAUGCAUACAUGCACUGCUGAAUUCGAACAAGCACAAAAAACACACUGUACAGGCAGUUCUGUGUACGCACUCACAUAGACAUACUGUACAUUCAACAAAACUGGAUUGACUUUGGGGGAUGUAGAUCAAUAUCACCUACCAGACAGUCUACAGACAGUCUUUUGCGAAUGAAAACUACCAAUUUGUUCAAACAACUUGCUUUAGGGGGAUGAAAUAAAAAUCUUCCAGUGAGCUCUACAGGAAAUCUGUGCGCAUCAAUGAUAUCCUUUAACUGAUUAGGCUCUGUAUUAAUGCUGUUAUUUCUCUUCCACCAGUGACUGUCACCAUCAUGAGGCUGGUGUGGAAGUCCCUGGACAAGAUGAGGUGUUUCCGUAAACGCUCCACCAUCCCCUUUCUGGGGGUCUUGAUCACCUGUCUCCUCUUCCUCAACCUGUACAUGGAGGAUGGAUACAUGAUGGAGGUGGGUAAAAGACCUCUGAGAGAGACAUCAAUGCAUCCUUCAAACACUGAGAGAUAUGUUCACACCUUCAGAGACCUCACUAAUUUCUCUGGAACCAUAAACGUCACAUAUCGUUACCUCGCUGGGACCCCACUGCCCCGAAAGAAAUAUCUAACCAUUGGAUUGUCAUCCGUGAAAAGAAAAAGAGGAAAUUACCUCAUGGAGACGAUCAAAUCUAUUUUUGACCAGUCCAGUUAUGAGGAGCUGAAAGAGAUUGUGGUGGUGGUUCACCUGGCAGACUUUGACCUGGCCUGGUGUGAAAACCUGGUGCAGGACAUCUCCAGGAAGUUUGCCCACCACAUCAUCGCUGGGCAUCUCCUGGUGAUCCAUGCCCCUGAGGAGUACUAUCCAUCACUGGAUGGGCUAAAAAGGAACUACAAUGACCCAGAGGACAGGGUACGAUUCCGCUCCAAGCAGAACGUGGACUAUGCCUUUCUCCUCAACUUCUGCACCAACCUCUCUGAUUUCUACAUGAUGCUGGAGGAUGAUGUACGCUGCUCACUGAACUUUCUGACAUCCCUGAAGAAGGUGGUCACCUCCAGGGAAGGCUCCUACUGGGUGAUGCUGGAGUUCUCCAAGCUUGGCUACAUAGGGAAGCUCUACCACUCAAGAGACCUGCCACGCCUGGCCCACUUCUUGCUUAUGUUCUACCAGGAGAUGCCCUGUGACUGGCUCCUCAUUCACUUCCGGGACCUGCUUGCCCAGAAAGACGUGAUCCGCUUCAAGCCCUCCUUGUUCCAGCACAUGGGCUACUACUCCUCAUAUAAAGGGGCAGAGAACAAGUUGAAGGAUGAUGACUUUGAAGAAGACUCCAUUGAUAUCCCUGACAACCCUCCUGCUAGCCUGCACACAAACAUUCAUGUAUUUGAAAACUAUUACGCCACCAAGGCUUAUAGCAGUGUGGACGAAUACUUUUGGGGGAAACACCCCUCUACCGGAGACUUCUUUGUCAUUAUCUUACAUGAACCAACUCAAAUCAGCAAGAUAAAAAUUGUGACAGGAACGGACGAUCGUCAGAACGAUAUCCUGCACCAUGGAGCUCUGGAAGUAGGAGAGAAGCUUGUGGGGACAAAGAGAGGAAGGCAGUGUUCUUCCUAUAUCACGUUAGGGGAGUUUAAAUAUGGCAACAUUGAGGUUCAAGACGUGGACCGCAAGAUUGCCUUUGACAUUGAGUGUGUUCGUAUUGUGGCGACUGCCAGUCAGAAAGAAUGGCUGAUCAUUAGGACUAUAAGUCUGUGGACGGCACAACCUCCCAGUCAAUGGUACACGGAGGGACCAUACCGUUUAGACUAAAGUUUUAUAUUCACGGUCCUAUUCAUUUAUAUUGAUUAUAUGUUGGAGGCUCUAUGGUUUCUUUUAUUAUCCGUUAUAUUUGACAUACAGUAAAUAUUUGAGGAUUUGAACGUUAAUUGGGUUCAACGUUGUAUUUUUGUUAUAAAAUAAAAUGCAGACAAAUGGG